AUUUGGAACCACUGAGAGUCCAAGUUGUGUCCAAAUUGUACAUUUUCAGAUAAUCAGCCACCCCUGGACCGCACCAUCAUCUAUAGAGAGAUUCAAUUGAUGAAGAUUUCCCUCCCAGUGACGAUUGCUGUGUGGCUGUUUGCAGCCAUUGGAGUGGCCUUUUCAUUUGGAUUUUUGGGUUUUAGCAUAAGAAACAGACAAACCAGGAUAAUAAAGAUGUCAUCGCCAAACCUCAAUAAUAUCAUGGUCAUGGGAAGCAUACUAUGUUACAUCUCGGUGAUUUUGUUUGGAAUUGAUGGGAGGUUCUUGACGUUGGAAGAGUACACCAGGAUCUGUAACGUGAGGCUUAAAUAUUACUUUGUCUGGUCACAGGUUCGAAGUGCAGUUCUGUGCAUUGGGUAUUCUUUAUCAUUUGGUGCCAUGUUCAGCAAAACCUGGCGAGUUCACAAAAUAUUUGCAGCCGGCGCAAGCCUUAAAAAAAUGGCAAUCAAGGACCAUCACCUGUUAGUGACUGUGGCGGCAUUGCUGAUGACUGAUGUGGUGUUUUUAAGCUGCUGGAUUGCAACAGAUCCUUUCCAAUCCGAAAUGCGGAAAUUCGAAGAAACUUUGGGCGAAGUUCACCGAGAAUACCAAGUUGUUAUCAUCCCAGCAUUGUACCAAUGCACUUGCAAAUACAAGAUGUAUUUUUUUGCGGUCGUAUUUACAUACAAAGGGCUGCUGCUGUUGUUCGGGAUCUUUUUGGCCUGGGAGACACGCAACGUAACCAUCCCAGCACUGAAUGACUCAAAAUACAUCGGAAUGUCGGUUUACAACGUGUUCGUAUUGUCCGUCAUUGGUGCUGUGGUGUCGCUGGCAUUGGAAGGAUCUGAGCACUAUAACGCAUCCUAUGCCCUUUUAUCCAUGUGCUUGAUCAUGGGUACUUCCUUGACGAUGCUGUUAGUGUUUGUUCCCAAGAUUUACCACUUUUACUCUAAGGAUGAAGUAACAGCCCAGGGGAUCCGAGCCGUUCACUUGAUGGAGGGGCAAAACUCACAGUUUAGCUGUAAAGCAACGCAGACUACCUUUAACUCUUCAGGGUGUGCAGGUAGAAAAAAAAAGUGACUAAGAAUAGUAGGA